UUUUAUAAGGGGUCUCACCCAGCAAGAAACAUCCUCAAUCUUCAAUUUUCGAAACUUCAACCCACACCCGUUACUGAAUUCCGUCUGCAACAUCGCAUCCGUCAUUAGUUUUGAAUUCGACCGCGCUUGUCAUCGACUGAACUUUCUUCUCUCCCAUCACAUUUGCCAUCAUGGCCGCUCCACCUGGCCUUCUGGACAUUUACGAAGAUGCCGGCAGCGCGGUGGUGGUGGCUAUGGGCGAAACCGACUUUGUCAGCUUUCAGCAGACAUCCAUGAUCGGCACUCGCAACCUCAAUGGCUGCUCCGUCGCCAUGAUUGUCUCACAACACGGUGCGAUUUGCACCCAUAUUCCACCCCAGCCAUGGGUCACCGAUGACCCCUACGCCGGCGACGCCAACGCUGAGAGAAUGAUGGACGGUGUCCAAACGUACUACAACCACUACCAAGCCUUCUUCCCCGUCGCCAGCACGCAUGUAGUUUGUGCAUUGUACAACGGCUCGGUGGGCUUGGAGGACCAGAUGAGGAUCAUGAUUCGCCGCUUUAACGAGAUGGGACUAGCGACAGAGGUCCACCACUACGACGUGCCCGUGGAUCUGACAGCCACUGGCCAAGGGACGGUCGUGGUCGUCUCAGACCGCGGCCCCUCGCCCCAAGUCUAUGUGCAAGACCGACUGGUCGCCGAGUUCUCCGGCGAUGCCCACAGUGGACAAGGGUUGAUGCCGGGACAGAGCGUCGCCCAAGGGACGGCGACGAUGCAGGACCUGAGCAGUGCGCAGGGCACUUCGGCGUACGGAAUGACCCAGAACAAUGCUACCGACGGGAUAGUCCAGGAUAAUUCUCCCUACGCGACGGGUCAGGGAUUUGCGACACCGUCGGCCUCAAGCUGGGCGCCGAGUAUGUAUGGGACCGUCCAGGGAUCCACGACAACGCUGGGGUCAAAUUUGACGGCCCAGGGAUCUACAACGACGACGGGGACAGCCCAGGAAUCCACGACGACGCUGGACUCGAGCUGGGUGCAGAGCAUGCACGGGGCGGCCCAGGGGCCCGCGACGACGCCGACAGAUAGCUGGGUAAGGGUGGAUGUUGAGGUGAAAAAGCACACCUUCAGGAGCGACGAGUUUAUUUUCUACAUCCAGAAUCGCGCAGUGCCGACGGGGCAGGGAAGCUGGAGUGAAGUUAGCUUGCAGGGAGGGGGGACGGUAUGGACGUACCGGGGACGCCGCACAGGGACAACCUAUUACACGUAUCAGAACAUUCGAAACCUGUAAGGUGAAUACAUACCUAUGCUGUGGGUGCCUGGUUAGGUAAGGUACCUAGGUCUACCUAGGUAGGUAGUUAUAGAGCAGUUGAUAGGCAUGAGAAGGCUGCACUUGGCGGAUGGGGUUUUCC